AAUCCAGCUAUCUCUUGGCCAAUCCCCCACAGUGGGUAGGAGCCACAUACGUGAAACAAGAGCCAAGCAGUACACGCGCCAGCGUUUGUUGCAGCUGCCCACGUUCGAAAUGGUGCACAGCAAACAGCUGUCGCCCGAAGAGAUCGCAGACAUCAAGGGCGCCUUUCUGCUGUUCGAUCGCAACGGUGACGGCGUAAUUUCGUGCGCAGAGCUCGAGAUGGUGCUGCGGGCUCUUGGAGAAAGGCCCAGCGCUGACGAGAUGGCACGCAUCGUGCGCCAGGUGGACCGCAAUUUCAACGGGAGCAUCGACUUCCAAGAGUUCUUGGCCUUCAUGGUGCGCAAGAUGUCGGUACGCGUCAGUACACGCGCGGAUGUCCUCAAGGCAUUUCAAGUAUUCGACAGGGACUCUAAUGGAUACAUCACAAAGGCUGAGCUGACCCAAAUCUUUACCAAAAUUGGGCAAAGCAUGACACUUGAAGAAGCUGAAAAAAUCAUAGCAGAAGUAGAUGCCGACAAGGAUGGCCGCAUCAACUAUUCCGAGUUUCUCAACAAGAUAAUACCAGAGGAGGAGGAGGAAAGCGGCUCCAGUAACAAACAACAAGGCAAAUGAAAACAGCUUUACUGCCCUCCCCCCACAGCUGCAGCGGAGUGGGCUGGUCAUCGCUUGGGCCAUUUGGCAACAG